CACUGCUGUCAUGGAAAACCCACCUGCGCCUGUACCAGACGAUGUCUCUGUCAACUCAUCCGAAGGACAUCAAGUUACCUGUGACAAUACAUUAUCAGGCGUGUUCUCCUCAGUCGGUCUGUGCAAAGUUUACAGAGCUCACCUUGGGACCCUCAGUCGUGUUACAUUCUAUCACAAAGGGCAAACCCAUCUCAGAGAUCACCCUGAACUGCAGCGACACGUGGAGUCAUUAUCUCUCCACCGUCACCCAAAUGUCGCCACAGUCUUCAGUGUGGAAAGUCAACCCGGACAGACCAGCCUUCUUGUGGAACACCCAGAGUGUGGAGAAUUUGCCGCCUACGUGAAAAGCCAUGUUGUGACGUGGAGUCAAGUUGUUGGCAUUACCAGGGACGUUCUCACGGGAUUGACUUUCCUGGAGGCUUCAAAUCGGGGCGUGUCACCUGACGUGCAGAUCGAUAUCGGAUUGGCUAAUGUCUGGAUGUUCUCCCGAGGUGUGGCCAAGGUUGCAUGCUGCGGACUGUCUUUGGUCGAUCAGACAUACAGUGGAACCAAUGGACUGUCGAAGGAGGAGGAAUUGCCUUCCCCAGCCUCGGACGUAACAGAUGGGGACUAUGUGGAGAAUCCGUGUCACCGUGGUGAUGUACACAGGUAG